UCCCCCGCGCCGCCCGCCAUUUUGUCUCCAGUGUCUCGUUUGCUCUCUUCAGCGUGGAGGGAAUUGUCUUCCUUCGUAGGCGGGAGGAAGGGAUCAGCAUCUAUUGUCUGUGUUUGACUCCGUAGUUCGGUCAGAGGCCUCCCAGAGCUUUCCCGGGGCUGUCGGCAGGAGCCUCCGCGACCGUCCCGCCCCUCCCCUCUGUCCCUGGGACCGGGAGGGACCCAGCCCGCGUCACGCCCCUCGGCGCUCGCCUUUAGCUUCUCUGUCGUUGCGUCCGCAUCGCGCCCCCGGAAUCAGACGGUAUCCCAUAGAUGGCCAGCUUUCCCCCGAGGGUCAACGAGAAAGAGAUCGUGAGAUCACGUACUAUAGGUGAACUUUUAGCUCCAGCAGCUCCUUUUGACAAGAAAUGUGGUCGUGAAAACUGGACUGUUGCUUUUGCCCCAGAUGGUUCGUACUUUGCCUGGUCACAAGGACAUCGCACAGUAAAGCUUGUUCCGUGGUCCCAGUGCCUGAAGAACUUUCUCUUGCAUGGCACCAAGAAUAUCACCAAUUCAAGUAAUUUAAGAUUAUCAAGACAAAACAGUGAUGGUGGUCAGAAAAAUAAGCCUCGUGAACAUAUUAUAGACUGUGGCGAUAUAGUCUGGAGUCUUGCUUUUGGAUCGUCAGUUCCAGAGAAACAGAGUCGCUGUGUAAAUAUAGAAUGGCAUCGAUUCAGAUUUGGACAAGAUCAGCUACUCCUUGCCACAGGGUUAAACAGUGGACGGAUCAAAAUAUGGGAUGUAUAUACAGGAAAACUCCUCCUUAACUUGGUAGAUCAUACUGAAGUGGUCAGAGAUUUAACUUUUGCUCCAGAUGGGAGCUUGAUCCUGGUGUCAGCUUCAAGAGACAAAACUCUCAGAGUGUGGGACCUGAAAGAUGAUGGAAACAUGAUGAAAGUAUUGCGGGGCCAUCAGAACUGGGUGUACAGCUGUGCAUUCUCUCCUGACUCUUCUAUGCUGUGUUCAGUGGGAGCCAGUAAAGCAGUUUUCCUUUGGAAUAUGGAUAAAUACACCAUGAUACGGAAACUAGAAGGGCAUCACCAUGAUGUUGUAGCUUGUGACUUUUCUCCUGAUGGAGCAUUGCUGGCUACGGCAUCUUAUGAUACUCGAGUGUAUAUCUGGGAUCCACACACUGGAGCCAUUCUGAUGGAAUUUGGGCACCUGUUUCCCCCACCCACUCCAAUAUUUGCUGGAGGAGCAAAUGACCGAUGGGUACGAUCUGUAUCGUUUAGUCAUGAUGGACUGCACAUUGCAAGCCUUGCUGAUGAUAAAAUGGUGAGGUUCUGGAGAAUUGAUGAGGAUUAUCCUGUGCAAGUUGCACCUUUGAGCAAUGGUCUUUGCUGUGCCUUUUCUACUGAUGGCAGUGUUUUAGCUGCUGGGACACAUGAUGGAAGUGUGUAUUUUUGGGCAACUCCAAGGCAUGUCCCUAGCCUUCAACAUUUAUGCCGCAUGUCAAUCCGGAGAGUGAUGCCCACCCAAGAAGUCCAGGAGCUGCCAGUUCCUUCCAAAGUUUUAGAGUUUCUCUCCUACCGUGUUUAGAGGAUGCUGCCUUCCCUAGUAUUAGGGACUGAACACACUUUACACAAACCUCAAGCUUUACUGACUUCAAGGUUUAGGAGAUUUAUUUAAUUUUAUACAUUCUUGUAUUGCAUUUUGAUCAGUUGAGCUUUUAAAAUAUUAUUUAUAGACCUUAGAAACAUUUCUGAACAUAUCAAAUGUAAAUUUUUUUCUAAAAUUUAACUGUGAAAACAUAUACAUACAUGUAUAUAUUUAGAUAUAGGCUGCUAUGUGUUGAAUGGACCCUUUUGCUUUUCUAAUUCUUAGUUUCAGCAUGUAUAUGUUGCUUCAGUAGAGCCGCAAUAUAUAUCUUUGCUGUAAAGUGGAAGUAACUUUUUAUUAUUCUGUAACACUGAGUUAGAUGGUAAAUACUAACUUAAGACAGCUGAAUUGCACCAUACAAAAUGUGUAUUUGGUUGGGGGGUAGUCAGACAACUGACCUGCAAGUAAAACACAGCUUCUGUCUAGGGAAGGAUUUUGCUUUUGUUAGGAGUGGCAUCUGAGAGGUAGAGUUUGAAUGUGACAUUAUUAAAUUAAAAAAUAGGAUAUAACCAGGAAAAAGGAGUGCCCCCCCCCCCGCCCCCCCCCCCAACUUGCUGCGGGCCUUAAUUUUGGAAAGCAGCUUGCUACUUUAACCCCUGUGGUAUAAAUAAAGUACUAUAAAUUUUAGUCAAUUUGAAAAAAUCCAUUUACUGUAUUAUUGCUAAAUAUUUUGUUGUUUGUACUAAGGGACAAUUAUGACUGUGGUGGGGAUUUGUUUUGUUUUGUUUAUUUUAUACAUAUAUCCUAUGUUUCUGCAGAGGAUAAUACUGGUGACUUGCCAAAGAGAAGCAAUACAGUAUGUCUGCUUUUGCCUUCUGUUAUUUAUCAUACCUGCAGAUAUUAAGAAUGUAUGAGUUAAUGUAAAAUAUAUAUUUUUGUUGAGUUUUCUAAUUAAAGACUUAAAACUAUC